GCCUUUCACUUGUGUCUCUUCAGAUCCUUUCUUUCACCAUUUCCGUCAGAGUUGGAGUCGAUGGGCCGGCCAACGACACUUAGAAUUUUCAUAGGCUUUCUCAAAGACAAAGCAUCCUUAAUCAAAACAACGUUCUCAACCAAACGCAAAACCUCCUCCAUCCGCCGCGCUGUCCUCCUUGCAACCUCCCACCGCACUUCAAAUCCUCCGUCGUAUAAACGUAUCGCUGCCGUUCUUUGCAUCGACCAUGGGUCCCAACCAGGAGCGUCCGCUUGCAUUCAAGCUCUCAUGGACCGCCUGCACGCCACACGCAACGCUUUUGUUGCCGUGAAGUGUCUUUUCACAAUCCAUAAUAUUAUUACAAACGGUUCGUUUAUUUUAAAAGAGCAGCUUUCAAUUUAUCCUUCUUAUGGUGGCCGAAACUUUCUUAAUUUGUCAAUGUUUCGAGAUGAUUCCGACCCAGAAGCUUGGGAACUGUCGUCGUGGGUCAGGUGGUAUGCUUGCGUUUUAGAGCGAAAUUUAACAGCUUCCAGAGUUGUGGGUUAUUACGUCUGUUCUUCAAAAGCGGCUAAGAAGAUUAGUGAUGACAAAGAAGAGAUGGUUUUGGCAUUGUUGAGCUCAAAUUUGUUGAGAGAGGUAGAUGCUCUAGUAAGCUUCGUUGAAGAGGUAAGUGACGUGCCCAAUUCGUUGAAUCUUCAGAGGAACAAUUUGGUACAUGAGGUUGUCAGAUUGGUGGGUGCAGAUUACAGGUUAAUACAACAUGAAAUUUUCCUCCGAGUUGACGAACUGGGAGAGAGAUUAAUCAGUUUAAGUCAGGAAGACGUGACUCGGUUUUUGAAUGCUUUGAAAAGACUCGAAGAUUGCGAAGACAGAUUGCAACGGUUGUUUGUUAACAGAAAUAAGAAUCAUCGGUUAUGGAAUUUGAUCCACGAAACAAAAACAAAGAUAACGGUACUGGUGGCAGUGAAUAAGAAUGUACAGGAGAAGACGUUAAUGAAGAUGUCGGCAAGAGACGAGUUAAGCGAGUUGAGUCGAAUGAGCGAACGAUUUUCUGAGUUCAGACAGUUGUUUCAGUGGAACCGGGUUCCACAAUUUGUCGAAAAUGAUUUGUGACGCUCUUGUUUUAAAAUACAUUUUUAAGGAAAUUGAUAUGAUGGAAUAGACUAAUGAUUUUGACUGAGUCUUAGAAA